AUGGGAAGUUUAAGAGACAUUGCGCUCCUAUUUGGUUCAUUAAUAUUGUGUUUGAUCUUGCCCUCCUCUUCGAGUUCUUUGAAUGCCUCCACUGCCGUCCUGCUGGUUAGAGUAGAUCAAACUGGAAAGGGAGAUUUCACAAGGAUUCAGGAUGCCAUUAAUGUUAUUCCCUCAAAUAACACUGAGUCUGUCUUCAUUUGGGUCAAACCUGGAAUUUAUAGAGAGAAGGUAACAGUUCCAGCUGACAAGCCCUUCAUAACCCUAAGUGGCUCAAGUGCAAUGUCCACCAUUAUAACGUAUGAUGAAGCUUGGAUUUCUGUUGAAUCUCCUACCGUCUCAAUCUUAGCUUCAGAUUUUGUGGGAAAAUACCUCACAAUCCAGAACACAUAUGGUCAAGGUGGCCCGGCAGUAGCCCUACGAGUUGCCGGUGACCGAGUUGCAUUCUACACUUCCAGAUUCAUCGGCUUCCAGGACACCCUGCUCGAUGACGCAGGUAGGCACUACUACACCAACUGCUAUAUCGAAGGAGGCACCGACUUUAUCUGCGGGAAUGCCCGCUCGCUUUUCCGAAAAUGUCACUUGCACUCUGUAUCGGAGAACGGCGGAGCCUUCACGGCACAACGGCGGUCAAGUGCAGCGGAGGACACCGGGUAUAGCUUAUCCAAUUGCAAGCUCACCGGCGCCGGAGUAGGAACUGCAAUCUUAGGUCGGCCAUGGGGAGCUUACUCUAGGGUAAUCUUUAUUUUAACAUACAUGUCUGAUGCGAUUCAGCCUCAAGGUUGGAGUGAUUGGAAUAAUCCAAGUAAUCAAAUGACUGCAUAUUAUGGGGAAUAUCAUAGCUAUGGUCCUGGCUCAAAUACUAGAGGUAGGGUUGAAUGGUCCCACCAGUUAUUAUUCGAUGAAGCCUCGCAGUAUAUGAACCACACCAGUUGGAUAGACGGUCAAGAUUGGCUAAGGCCAACUCCAGGUCAUUUCAGAAAGUUCUCAGCUUCGAGACCAAGCGAUGCGAUGGGCAAUAAAUAG